CGGCAAGUCCGCCGGCCUCGAGGAGCCACUGCACCCCGGGCUGCGGGGAGCGCGGUCGCGGCGGGACUUGGACCCAACGAGGCGGCAGCUCUGCCACAUCAGGAGUCGGUCCCCCAAGAUAGGAACCAGGAAGAGGACUCGUCAGCUCUUAAAAUUCUGAAAGUCAUGUCCCUUGGGUCAGUGCUGUUCAGCGAUGUGGCGGUAGUCUUCUCCCAAGAAGAAUGGGAAGAGCUGGUACCUGCUCAGAAGGCUUUGUACAGGGACGUGAUGCUGGAGACGUUCAGCAAUCUGGUCUCCCUGGGGGUUGCCAUUUCCAAACCCGAUGUGAUCGCCUUCCUGGAGCAAGGAGAAGAGCCCUGGACGGUGGAGAGGGGUGCAGCACCAGGAGGUCCAGGCCCAGUAUUAGAAUCUGGGUAUGAUACCGAGGUACCAUCUCCAAAGCAGCAUUUUUAUGAAGUGGCAUCACCUCAGUGGGAGAUAAUGGAAAGCCUUGCAAGCUAUGAUCUUGAGUGCUCAAGAUUACAAGAUGACUGGGAAUGCAGAGGGCAGUCUGACAGACAACAGAGGAAUCCAGAUGAACAUUUUAGUCAAAUGAUCAUCAGUCAUGAAGAAAUUCCUGCUUUUGGCCAGCAAACAUCCGUUACAUUUUAUCAGAAAAUUCAUACUGAAGAAAAACCCUAUGGAUAUAAUGAAUGCAGAAAAGACUUCUGGCAAGAGGAAUUCCUUAAUAAUCAUCAAGGAAUUCACAGUAGCGAGAAACCCUAUAAAUGUAAGGAAUGUGGUAAGGCCUUUAAAUAUGGCUCACGACUGAUUCAACAUGAGAAUAUUCAUUCUGGUAAGAAACCCUAUGAAUGUAAUGAAUGUGGAAAGGCCUUCAAUUCUGGUUCAAAUUUCAUACAACAUCAGAGGGUUCAUACUGGUGAGAAACCCUAUGAAUGUAAGGAUUGUGCAAAAGCUUUCAGUCGAAGCUCACAACUGAUUGAACAUCAGCGAAUUCAUACUGGUGAGAAGCCCUAUCAAUGUAAGGAAUGUGGCAAGGCCUUCAAUCGGUUCUCACAUCUUAAGGUACAUUAUAGAAUUCAUACAGGUGAAAAACCCUACGCAUGUAAGGAAUGUGGGAAGACCUUUAGUCAUCGGUCUCAGUUGAUUCAACAUCAGACUAUUCAUACUGGCAAGAAACUCUAUGAAUGUAAGGAAUGUGGGAAAGCCUUUAAUCAAGGCUCAACUCUUAUUCGACAUCAAAGAAUUCAUACUGGCGAGAAGCCAUAUGAAUGUAAGGUAUGUGGGAAGACCUUUAGGGUGAGCUCACAACUUAAGCAACAUCAGAGGAUUCACACUGGGGAGAAACCCUACCAAUGUAAGGUAUGUGGUAGGGCCUUCAAAAGGGUCUCACAUCUUACAGUACAUUAUAGAAUUCAUACAGGUGAGAAGCCAUAUGAAUGUAAGGAGUGUGGGAAAGCCUUUAGUCACUGCUCACAACUGAUUCAACACCAAGUAGUUCACAGUGAGGGAAAGCCCUAUGAACUUAAGGAAUGUGGGAGAAUCUUAAGUCAUGAUUCAAUUCUUCAGCAUAAGAGAAUACAGAAUGGAGAAACACAAGUGAAUAUAAAAUGUGGAAAAGCCUUCCAUCAGCACUUAUCCCUUAUUACUCAUCAGAGAAUUUAUGUUGGCAAGCAACCAUGUGAAUGGAAGUAAUGGAAAAAGCCCUUUAUCUUAAGCUAAUCACAACUUACUUCUACAUCUUGGAGAAAGACUUGAAUGCAAGUGUGAAUGCUUUUAUUCAGAAUUUAUCCUAGAACCUGAGCCAGUAAAUUCAUAUCAAAGGAGAAUUUUAAGGAUGUAAAUUUCUUAGUGCAUGAUUGUCAAAGUGGGGAAAGGUUGGGAAAAAAAUUUUCUACAAGAGUUUACAGAAUCACACAUUUUCUAACCAGUGAAAUAACUUCAACAAAAAACAAGAGCCAAAUGUGUUAGUUUUCUUGGAAAUUAAAAUAAAAAUAGACAAGUUACUCUUGGGCUAACAAGGAAAUAAACUAUGCAGUUACCAUAGAUGGUAAUGAAAAGAUAAAGAGUUUUACAAAGCUAUAGGAUAUGAUAAAAGCUGUACUUUGAGUAAUUUUUAUAGCCCUUAAAGGCAUGUAUGUGUGUGUGUGUGUGUGUGUGUGUGUGUGUGUGUAUAUGAAAGUAGAAAAACUAUGCUCAAAUACACUGAAUGUACUAUUCAAGAAGCCAGAAAAGAGAAUGCCAAACACCCAGGCAAUGAAAGAACAUAUUAAUAAAAAUAAGAACAGAAAAUGAUGAAAUAGAAAAUGGUCAUCUUAUAGUAAUUGCAGUUUCAUUUCUUCCUAAUCCAAGAGUAAUCUAAUUUUAUAAAAUUUUCUUAAUUUCCAAGUUGUUAAAAUUUUGGAUGAUCUUUUUAUCAUUUCUUCUGUCACAGACAAAUAUUGGUUGCCUACCAACAGCUGUACACACCUCCCCAUCUUACUGGCAGUGUCUGUGUCUUGCCUUAGAAUUGGAAGGUGUCAGGUGCUAAUUUUCCAGCUUCCGUGCAGCUCGGGUUGGCCGUAUGUCCUAGUGUUGGCCAGUGAGAUCUUCUGGGACUUCUGAGAGAGAUUUUUCUCAUUUAGAAGAGACAUAUAUUGGGAGGACUCCCUCUCCUCUCACUUCUGCUUUUAAACAUUUAACUGUGAGAACACGCUGUGGUCAUCUUGGAAGAGGAGAAAAACAGGGACAUCAGAGAAGCUGAUCCAAAGCCCUGACAACACUGCGCUACUUGGCCACUUCUGGAACUGCCUCUUCUUUGAUGCCUGGUAUGUAAAAAAAAUAAAUCUCGAUUGCUGAA